AUGAAGGCUUUCACAGCCCUGCGCUCAAGCAUACAUCUCAUCACAGACAAUGGCCGAAUACCCAGCGAGAUUCGCCGGUGCCUCGAACUCGUACAGACCUGUCAUCGAGACCUGCAGCACCUUAUCGAUCUGCGUAAUGAACACCUCGAGUUCCUUGAGACGGCCCCUCAGUCUAUUCUCGCACGAGUUAACCAAGUCAUUGACGCGGCAAACCAUGGUCUAGUCGAGGUACGAUGCAUCGUCGAAAAAUACCGCCCGAAAGAGCACAUGGGUAUGAAGACACCGCUGCACAACCAGAUGGAGUGGAUGAUGGGAUCAUCCGCCAAGUUUCGCAGCCAGGAGGCAGUAAUUAUUCGCCAUAAUGCUGCCGUUUUGGCCGAGUUGAACUAUCUACGACAGAUUACCAUGUGGAAGUUGGCCGCGGUCACAGAAGAUGCUGUUGUGGUCUCAAACCUUCGCGAGAGCAGUGUCAAGUCGGGCAAUUCACACCAGGCAGGGGACUGUUUAUCAAGUAACCCUCAUAUCCCGACCAAAAUUACGCCGAGCUCAACUUUUAGUAUGCCGAGAAAGCCGUCAGGAAAUGUAACCAAGUACUGCGACCUACCCGAACCGAUUGGCCCUACCUUGUCUCUGGAAUACUGCGACUUGCCCGAGCCGGUGUUCCCUAACGCGCUGCCCGAAUCUACAUUUAUUUCAAACAACAUACCUGGUUCCCUCAAACGAACCUCUUCUACUAUUGUCAAAAAGAGCCAUGACAAUGCUAGUUCCUGCAAUGUCGUGCUUAGUCCGGCCACCGAUCAUGGCUUGUCAAUUUUGUUCGACCAAUAG